AUGCCAACAGAGUACCUACCGACUACUUUUUGCAGGCAGCCAUCCAGUUGGUCAACAGCCCACAGUGACGAGGGUUGGAGCCUUGUCCCACCUUUUCCAGACGUGGAGCGUCCCAAUCGCAACAGUACCAUCAAUAAGAUUCUUCCUCCCAGCCCAGGCGACCUCCUCUCCCAACACUUCGCUGAACGAAGCAUGAACCAAGUGCGAGAGCAGCGCUCCGUAUCCCGAAGUCCUGAUCGCCGACUUUGCCAGCCUGUACCUCCCGUCGACGGCUCCGGGCAUGUCAAUUAUCAGUACGCCACGCCGUUGCUCGCUACCAGAAAUCUCUAUGUUUCUGCGGUGCCAACAGAGGAUAUGGUCCCGAUAACCCGUUCAGUUUCAGACGCUGUGCAGACGCCUCAGCUCCCGCGAGGAACAAGCUCUAGUCAACCGGCUACGUCCACUCAUACUCCCUGGAGUAAGACAGGAAACGAGGCUUCCUCAACUACGAUGCGAAGGCAGCAGCCCCAGUCGCACCCUGAUGCUAAGGACUUUUCGUAUACCGCCUCUCUUCGUCAAACCCCCCGAAGCGGCUCGGACAACAUCAACCAUAGCAAUGGCUCUGGUAUUGGAGAUAUUAUCGUUCGAAAUGAAGGCAGAGAAAGGCAAGUUGCACCUUCUAGGCAACCCAGCGGUGGGAAAUCAGGCAUUGCGUCGAGAGGACACGGACGUCGCGAGGCUUGGCAGAACGAAGGUGGCAAGUCGGACAGGACCAUCCCAUCUGGCAAUGCCUCCCCUAGAGAGAAAAUCCGCGGAUUUGUUGGAAUUAGUGCCGAGUGCCCCGAGACAACAUCCAAGACGCGCAACAUCAUAACGGAUCUGGAACACGAGAUGCGCGAACAUCAAGUGCGUCGUGCUCAGUCUGCUUGUCAGCCUGUGCGCAGAGCACAGUCCGGUGGUUCUGCAAUGGCGCGCCCUGGCCAUCGGUUCCGAUCAGGCCUUAGCUCAACCAGCAUGGGCUCGCCCGAACGCACAAGCCACGGCCUCGAUAUCCACUUAAAGGAUGACCGCUGCGCAGCUCGGUCCUCUGGACGCUCGAGGCGUGAGGCAGGGAUCCGUCACGUUCGCUUCGACCUGGACAAUUUAAGCCACCAUCGCGGCACGUCAAAAUCUCGCUCUCCGCCUACAGCUAUUAUGUCCCCCGUCCCACCGAGCCACCUCAGAUACCAGCUAUCAGACAACGGCCCAGUAAUUUCUGAUUCUUCCGCUCCUCAUGUCGCCAUGAGUGGAUGGAGCGACGACCCUCGGUCAAAACGCAGCGCUCGUAACACUCGCGCAAACCUUGACGCUCCCACCGCUGUGACUUCCAUUCGUCAACCUCCGGCCCACCGCGAGCAGCAUCUCAUGACCGAUACUGUCUCCCAAACCCCAUCCUCCGCUUCUAGCGCAUCGACGAAUCAUGUUCCGUUGGAAAGUCCCCGUAGUCAUGCAUCGCAGACGUUGCGCCCCUCGUCUGUUCGACAUCUGGCUGUGCCUAUUGAACAGCAGUCUGCGCAGAUGCCCAUAGGGCAAACCCCAUUGACUCUUCCGCCAGCACUCCAAGGGCCUGUGCCACCAUCAACCUCCAGUGCGGAUGCUCAGCGACGCCAACACACUCGGCAGAAAUUGUCGGAAGACGGCGUUGUUCGCGCUGGCCAGGCGGACGACAGGAGCGAUGGCUCGUCCUCAUCUAACCUCGCUCGGUGGAUACUCUCCCUAUUUUUUCUGCUGGAAGAGAAAGGUAUCGCCAUCGAUAGUCUGAUAGACCAGCUACUCUUUGACGAUCCAGAGUUCGUCCGGGGUGUCGUUCGUGACUUCGCGUGCGGACCCUUAGCGAAGGCGAGACGACCGGCGAGUAAGCACGCCCAUCCACAGACUCCUCGCGAGAUCUCCCAAGUGUUCGUUGAGCCCGACUCGGCGCAUCAGGGUCCUGGGAGGACGCCGCCUACAGUGACAUACCCGCCGAUUGCCCCGCCCAGUGUCCAGACCCACAGCAAUUCUGCUACUCAAGUUCAAGUCGACAAGUCGCUUCCCCUAACGCCUACAUUGACGUCUGACCUGCGGAGCUCGCUUAAGGCUUGCGUCACACAGAGCACUCCACAGCAGAAGCCAAGCUCGCUGCCAUUACAUCUUCCUUCGGGCCCUGCUGUACAAGAAGCCUUCGACUCCGUCUUCCAUCACCCACAGGAAAGCAAACUCCCAGACCUGUUUCUGAUGAACAACGUCGGCCUAACCGUGGACCAUGACACUGGAGCAUACGCUGUUCGCUGUAACUACCAAGUCGGCGAGAAGAUUUGUAGACAUCCUGUGCGGUCCUACGACGACUUUGUGUUACAUCUCUUCGAAGCACAUGAGGUCAACCGUGAACCUGUGUGUUCGAAUUGUGGCGCGAACGUUACCUCCCAUCCGUGGGCAAAGGAUAUCCAUUCGUUCAUGAAGGAAAUCAGGCUAAUGUUGUCUCACAGAGAAGUGUGCUUCGUGGGCUCAGACAUUUAA